AUGGCGACCUCUCAAGUCAACCCCUCGGAGAAGAUCUACGCCCUCAUCAACUACGAAGAUCCCUACGUCCAACCCCUCAUCAUCGCCGCACUUGAGAAGCGCUUGCCAGAAUCAUCUUAUGAGUUGAUAACAUCUCUAUCCCAACUCCCCUCCCCCUCCUCCCGCCUCCUGCAAUGGGUGCAAUACGAAUCCAUCGACUUCGACCACCUCAUGGAAAACUCCUCCACCAGCCUCUCUAACGCCUACAUAAUCCGCAAAGCCCUAAUCCGGAAACACUACCUCAGCACCACCAUCUCAAACUGGAUCACCAAGUACCCGGAUAGCGUACUCAAGAAACACGUGAAACCAAGUGUGGAAUUCGAAGUCGACUACGCCGAGUUUCUAGACGACGCGUUGGUUGAAGCGUGGGAGUUGAAGGAGAGUUGGGCGACGAAUGAGGGGUUAGGGGAUGGGGAGGCUAAGAAGAGGGAGUGGUGGAUUUUGAAACCGGGGAUGAGUGAGAGGGGGCAGGGGAUUAGGUUGUUUAGCAGUGAGGAGGAGUUGACGGCGAUUUUUGAGGAGUGGGAUCCUGAGAGUGAUGAGGAGGAAGAAGAGAAGGAGGAGGAUGCGAGAAGUGAUGCCGGCGAUGGUGUUAGUAGUAAGGAAGCGGUCAAGGGAGAAGAGAAGGAAAAAGAGGAGGGAAACGGCAUCAUAACAUCCCAACUCCGCCACUUCAUCGCACAACCUUACAUCCACCCCCCGUUACUCCUCACUCCUCCCAACGCCUCCUCUUCAGAACUGCGCAAAUUCCACAUCCGGACCUACGUUCUCGCCACCUCCGCCCUCCAAGUCUACGUCUACCGCCCCAUGCUCGCCCUCUUCGCCGCGCGGCCGUACGUCCCGCCUUGGGACGACGUGUUGCAGGAAGACCGCGACGAAGCAAUGCGCGCGCAUCUGACGAAUACCUGUCUGCAAGAGUCAGAAGAUAGGGAGGGCAGUGUGGGGUUGUUCUGGUCUCUCCCCGACUCUUUACCUGCACAGCCUGAUCUCGGGUCCGUGAAACUGGAUGCACGGCCAGAUUGGAAGGACAAAGUGUUCGAGCAGAUCAAGGAGACGACAGGUGCGACAUUCGAAGCCGCAGCGAGAGGCAUGUCAAUCCAUUUCCAGCCUCUACCUAACAGCUUUGAGAUUUUUGGGCUGGAUUUCAUGGUGGGGAUUGAGGAGGAUGGCGGACUGAACACAUAUCUGCUAGAGGUGAAUGCGUUUCCGGAUUUCAGGCAAACGGGUAGCGAGUUGAGUGGGAUGAUUGAGGGGCUUUUCGAGGGUGUGGUUAAUAAGGGGGUUAUGCCUUUCUUCGGGGUAAAGGGAGAGGGAGGGGAUGGGGAUGACGGGAUGGUCAAGGUUUUGGAUAUUGAUCUGGGACGGCGGUGA